AUGACAGAACCCGAGACCCUGGCCCUGCUGGAAGUGAAGGGGCCUGAGACCCUGGAGAAGAGCCCACCCCAGGCCUUGGUCCCCAAUGGCCGGAAGCUGGAAGGGGAAGACGGGGUUGAGUCCCUUGGAGCUGAAUCCUCUAGAGUGGGGUCUUCAGCUGAGUCUCCCACAGCCAGAGAGGGGACCGAGGACGGUCUAGACAGCACAGUAAGUGAGGCUGCCACUUUGCCUUGGGGAACUGGCCCCCAGCCCAGUGCCCCGUUCCCAGAUCCCCCGGGCUGGAGGAACAUUGAGCCUGAGCCCCCCGAGUCAGAGCCACCCACCAAACUAGAGGAGUUGCCUGAAGAUGAAGCCAGCCUGCUGCCCGAGAAGGCAGCCCGGGCCUUCGUGCCCAUCGACCUACAGUGCAUUGAGCGGCGGCCCCAGGAGGACCUCGUUGUGUGCUGUGAGGCCAGCGAGGGCGAGCACCGCCGGACCUUCCUGCCCCCCCGGGCCACCCACCCUGAGCCCCCGGAGUGCAAGUGGGCCGAAGCAGUGGUGAAGCCGCCUGGCCACUCCUGUGGGGGCUGUGGGGGCUGUGGAGGCCGAGAGGUGCUGAGGGCCGUGGCCUCGGUGGCAGCUGCCCUCAUCCUCUUCCCCUGCCUGCUCUACGGGGCAUACGCCUUCCUGCCCUUCGAUGCCCCACGCCUGCCGACCAUGAGUUCCCGCCUUAUCUACACCUUGCGCUGUGGGGUCUUUGCUACCUUCCCCAUUGUACUGGGGAUCCUGGUGUACGGGCUGAGCCUGCUGUGCUUUUCUGCCCUUCGGCCCUUCGGGGAGCCGCGGCGGGAGGUGGAGAUCCACCGGCGAUACGUGGCCCAGUCGGUCCAGCUCUUCAUCCUCUACUUCUUCAACCUGGCCGUGCUUUCCACCUACCUGCCUCAAGAUACCCUCAAACUGCUCCCUCUACUCACCGGUCUCUUUGCCAUCUCCCGGCUCAUAUACUGGCUGACCUUCGCUGUGGGCCGCUCCUUCCGAGGCUUUGGCUACGGCCUGACCUUCCUGCCUCUGCUGUCCAUGCUGAUGUGGAACUUCUACUACAUGUUCGUGGUGGAGCCUGAACGCAUGCUCACCGCCUCCGAGAGCCGCCUGGACUACCCUGACCAUGCCCGCUCAGCCUCAGACUACAGGCCCCGCUCCCGGGGCUGA